CCGUCCGGCCCGCGCGCCGGCCCGCACCGCCGCCGAGCGUUCGGGGCGCCGAGCCGGGAGGAUCCGGGAUGGGGCUUCCGGCGCUGGGCGCGCUCCGAGCCCGGCGCACGUGAGAGCCGAGGAGCGCCAGGAGCCUCCCCGCUAGCCGGAGCCCCGUCGCCCAGGACGCGGGGAUGUCGGAGGCGCCGCCGCCGGUUCCCAGAGGAGCCGCCGCCCCGGGGAUCCCGGGGCACGGUGCGCGCCCGGGCCGGCAGCGCCUGGAGAAGACGGCGCCCCCUACGCCCGACCCGCGUGGCCCGGGCCGCGCCGCACGAGCCUUCUAGGCGGCCGCAGGGCCCCAGCAGCUCCGCCGCCGGCGCCCCCUCGGAAACCAUGACCCCCGGCGCGGGCCCAUGGAGCCAUGGCCUAUAGGGUCCUGGGCCGCGCGGGGCCACCUCAGCCGCGGAGGGCGCGCAGGCUGCUCGUCGCUUUCACGCUCUCGCUCUCCUGCACUUACCUGUGUUACAGCCUCCUGUGCUGCUGCGGCGACCUCGGCGCCCCUCGCUGCCUCCGCAGCCCCGGCGCGGGCGGCCAGAAACUUCUCCAGGAGUCCCGCCCCUGCGAUCCCUCGGGCCCGACGCCCGGCGAGCCCGGCGCUCCCAGCGCGCCCGCCGCCGGCGCGCCCUCCCCUCGCCUCUCUGGGUCCAACCACUCCGGCUCUCCGAAGCUGGGUACCAAGCGGCUGCCCCAAGCCCUCAUCGUGGGCGUGAAGAAGGGGGGCACCCGCGCCGUGCUGGAGUUUAUCCGCGUGCACCCGGACGUGCGGGCCUUGGGCACCGAGCCCCACUUCUUCGACAGGAACUACGGCCGCGGGCUGGACUGGUACAGGAGCCUCAUGCCUCGGACCCUUGAGAGUCAGAUCACACUGGAAAAGACCCCCAGCUAUUUUGUCACUCAAGAGGCCCCUCGCCGGAUCUUCAACAUGUCCCGAGACACCAAGCUGAUCGUGGUCGUACGGAACCCCGUGACCCGUGCCAUCUCGGAUUAUACCCAGACGCUCUCCAAGAAGCCGGACAUCCCUACGUUCGAGGGCCUCUCGUUCCGCAACCGCACGCUGGGCCUGGUGGACGUGUCCUGGAACGCCAUCCGCAUUGGCAUGUAUGCGCUGCACCUGGAGAGCUGGCUGCGUUACUUUCCGUUGGCUCAGAUCCAUUUCGUCAGCGGCGAGCGGCUCAUCACCGACCCGGCCGGCGAGAUGGGGCGCGUCCAGGACUUCCUGGGCAUUAAGAGGCUCAUCACGGACAAGCACUUCUACUUCAACAAGACCAAAGGAUUCCCUUGCUUGAAAAAAACAGAAUCGAGCCUCCUGCCUCGAUGCCUGGGCAAAUCAAAAGGCAGAACUCAUGUACAGAUCGACCCUGAAGUGAUAGACCAACUCCGGGAAUUUUAUAGACCAUAUAAUAUUAAAUUUUAUGAAACUGUUGGGCAGGACUUCAGGUGGGAAUGAGCCACGGAGAUUCAAGGGCUCUUCCAGUAGUCUCUUCCAUGAGGUUUGCCCUGAGAGCCUCUGACCCUCUUCCCUCAGCGAAUCCAGGCUCCAGCCCCUAUUCCCCUCUUGGGUUCCAUCCUCUUGGAAUGGGGAAGCCCAGCUAAAGGCCAAGAGACCAGGGGGGUGGUGGUGGCUGCCUGCCACUAGCUCUCCCCAGUCUGUCCAGGCAAAGUUGAUCUAUUUCUGGCACAUCCGGUCAGUUCCUAAUAGUUUCCCUUCAGCCCAUAUGAGGCCUUGGGAAGAUAUUUUAGGAAGCACAGAUCUUCUGAUUAUUGAUACAUAUAAGUGGUGAUGGUUCUGUUGCUUUGAACACAGCAGUCUGUCCCAUCACUGUCCACCCUGGAGUGGGCUUGUUAAUUCCAAGUGGCAUGUACCUCCCCUCUGAGCUUAACUCUCUGGAGCUGCCCUGGGUGAUGGAUGGGGACCAGCCUUGUCCUCCUGACCUUAGCAGCUCGUGAAGAGAUUGUGGAGCUGGAAGUGUUGCCCCUGGCCACUCUUAGGAGACAGACCCUUUGCUGAUGAAAUAAACCAGUGAUUUCAAAGCCUGUGGUUUCAACUCUGCUUGAAGGGGAACUGUCUUUGAAAACCACCCUGUGAUUCUCCCUGCUCCCUGUGGACAAAAGCACAUAAUUCUGCUGUUACGGGUACUUUCCUCACGCGAGCUUUCAUGUUCAGCAUGCAAUGGAAUCAUGCUUGUCCAUGUGAAAUAAAUACGGCUCUCUCGUGUCCUUA